AUGCCGGAACAUUAUAUCAAAAAUACCUUAGACACUGGUCCAAAGCGUGAAUUCAACAACUCUACCAAAGCGCCUUUCUUCCACCCUGGCUUCGAAUCUAAGCUACAGAGCGUGAUCAAAGAAAGCUAUGAAGCAGGAGCAGGUGGACAGCCUUCGGCUGCCAUUAUCAAUGAGGUGUCCGACAUUGUGGCUAAAAGCCUCGCCGCAUACGUAAUGGACCAGUCCUCAUAUAAUAUUAUCGACAUCGAGGCCCGCCUCUCGCUGUCCCGUGAGCAAGCGCGCUCACUGACGGACGUCCUGGCUGAGAAGCUGCCUAUUGAGGAAGCUAUUGCACGCCUCCUGAAGGAUUAUGCCGAGCAUCUUGCUCGGGAAGCAAAACACAAUGAAUUCUCGAAUUUCCUUGCGGCUCAACGGGAAGAGGAAGCUCGCAGAGUAUUUGCUUCUCUACUCCAAGUCACAACCGAGGACAAGAUCAAAGAGUUUGGAGAUUCCUUCGCUGAGUCAUCGCACCAAGCCCGAAAUAACGCCAUAGUUCAUCUGAACAAGCUCAGAGACAAUGGCAUUUUUGACGAAAAGUUAGUGAUGGACUUUCGAAAGGUCUUGAAAAGUGACAAGGAGACUUAUCUGUUCGCCGAUUACUUUGGCAAGAUUGACCUAGCCACGGUUGCCAGCACCGGUAGCGGUCCUAACCUUCAGACUAUUCUUGAGACGAUAGGAGACGCAAGUGUUGUGCGUGACAUACUUUUCCGUGCUCUGAGGUCAGAUUUGCGAUAG